AUGCAAAAAAAUAAUGAUGAAAUUAUUGAAUCGAAAAAUAAUGUUAAAUUGUUUAAUAAAAAAAUUAAACAAGUUAAAGAACAAAUAAUUGGUAAACGUGAGAGGACACCAUGGAAAAAAAUGAGUAAAAUAAUUGAAGAUAAUUUAACAAUGGCUGACAAUGAAAAUGAUUUAUCAACAGCACCAUUACAACAUGAACAACAAGAACAAAAAGAAAAUCAAGAACAAAUUAGUAGAAAUGUUCGUGUAUCAACUCAAAUAUCAACAAGGGUAUCAUCAUCAUGUGAAAUGCCAAAAUUUGAUAAUUAUUAUAUAUCUGAAUCAGCAACAUCAUCAUCAGCUAGUCCACCUGGACCUGGUCCAAUACCAUGGCCACCAAAUACUUGUGAACAACCAAAAACACCACCUCUACCAUCUACAUCUACAUCACUGCUACCACCACCAUCAGCACCACCAUUAAUUAUACGAAAAAAAAAAAAAGAUAAAAUUAAAAAAAAGAAAUCAACAACAUCUUCAUGUUCAUCAUCAAAAACACCACCACCACCACAAUCAUUAUCAUUUAAUCAAAAUAAUUUAGCACCAUCAUCACCAUCAUCACCAGAGACAGCAUCAACAAGUCCAACAAUAUCAACACGUGAAGUUUCUUUUAAUGGAACAAUACAAACAUUUAAUAUAUUAUCUAAAACACAAGCUGUUAAAAAAGGCUAUAGUGUUAAUAAAGAUGAUUUUAUUAAAAAGAAAAAAGAGAAAAAAAUAAUUAUUGUUAAUAAAAAACGUAAAAGAAAAACAAUUGAUGAUGAUAAAAAAAGACAAAAGUUAUUGACAGAUGAUGUUGUUGUUGAGCCUGAAGUUGUAAAAUUACCAAUUCCAAAACUUUGUUCAUGUGAAAAUACUGAAUGCAAUGAAAAUAUUUGUGUCAAUCGUGAGAGAUUGAAUGUAACACUAUCAUUACCACCAGUUGCUGACCUGCCAGAUGUUACAAAUGACGUUGUUGAGCUUUUACAAAUACCAAUUAAUGACUCAAGUGACAACAAAAUAUUGAUUAGCAUGAAUGUUAAUCAAGUAGUAAGUACAAUUGAAGACAAAGAAUUAAAUACAAAUGAAAAUGUUGAUGAUUCACAACCAAAACCAUUAGUAAAAGCAGUUGAAAUACUUCCAAAAGGUUCAAUUAAAUUUGCAAAUAAAAAAAUACCAGUUAAAAAACGUGGCAACGAUGAAAAAGUCAAUGAAAUUGAAUUUUCUGAUAAUGAUAAAAACACAAAUGGUAAUUUAACUGAAAUUAAAUUAACUGAUAAUGACAAUGUUGAUAAUUGUUUAUCAAAAAAAGACAUUAAAAAUAAUUAUAAUAAAUUGACAAUUGAAAAUGAAGAAAAUCAAGGUGAAAAAAAAAUUGGUAGACGUCAUUCAGUGCUUGAUGAUGGUAGACUAAGUAGAUGUAGUAGAACAUCAAUAUCAGAAAAAGCAUUGUCUGUUGAUUUAGAAAAAUUAACACCAAAUAUUAUUGAACAUUAUCAACGUAAAUCAUCUGGAAUGUCAACUGAUAUGACAAAUAAAAUAACAGCUGAAAGAAAUGUAUCAAUUUCAAGUUGUGCAACUGACAAGACGGUACCAACAACACCACCAAAUGAAAAUCCAUCUAAAAUCAAAAGAUUUUCACCAAUUAGAUUUGAUAAAUCGUCAGCUGAUAAAAAAUUCAUAAUAAAAACCACUGACACUGAUAAAUUACAUACAUUUAAUGAGCCAAAAAACUUGAUGAUUAAAAAUAAUUCUGUUGAUGAUAAUAAUGUAAAAGAGUCUGUCAUUAAUAAUGUGGCUGGUUCACAAAUAAUUAAUAAUGAAAAGACAAAAAGAAAAAUUGAAACAGAUAUUAAAUCACCAAGUCCAAAGAGGUUUAAAUUUGAUAGAAAAAGACAGAAAGAAGAUGACGAUGAUGAAGAAGAAGAAGGUAGUUCUGAAUCUUCAUUAAAUAAAUUGAAAAAAAAUUCAUCAAGUCGUUCAUUAAGUAAAAGUCCAAUUGCAGCAGUAAAAACAACAGCUGGUACAAAAGUUCAAGAUGAUUUUAUUAUGAAAUGGCUAAAUAAAGAUAUUGAUAAUUCAGUGAUUGAAAAUAAUAACAAUACUGUUGAUAAAGAUAAAAUGAUAACGAAUGAUGACAAAUCAGUAUCACCAAAAUUGACUAAAAAUAAUUUACAAUUAUUUACUGUUAAUAAUGAGGUAAAACAAAAUGAAGAUGCUUCAGUUGAUCAAACACAACUAGUGGAUGAAAUACUUGACUAUCAUGAAGAUGGAUUAACUGAUGAUGAAUUACAACCAACAGAAAAAUUAUCAGUUGGUUCAACAAAAGUAAUUGACAAUUUAUCAGUAACAAGUAAUAAAAAAUUAUCAGCAUCAUCAUCAUCAAGUGACAAUUAUAAAUUAGAAAUUGAUGAUAAAUUAUCAAGUUCAUCAUCAAGUCAUUCAUGUUGUCCAACAGAUUGUUCAUGUGAUGCUGGAUCAACAACAAAAUUACAAAAUAAAACUUCAUCAAAUUUAUUGAAAGACAAUAUUGAAAAGCCAAAUAAUGCCAUGUCAUUUGAUCAAGACAUUACAGACACUGAAGAUUUACAAUUGAGUGAAAAAUUAGAUGACAAAAGUGUAAAAGAUAAAUUAAAUAAUCAAGAUAAUGACGAUGAAAUAUCAUUAUUUGGUGGUGAUAUUGAUGACAUUGAAACAGAAGACAAUAAUGAUGAUGAAAAAAAAACAACACCAAUAUCAAUAGCAACAAUGUCAAAUCAUUCAAAUGACGAUGAUAAUUAUAAAAAAAUGCAUUUAAAUAAUAUUGAUCCAUUUAUUGAACAUAACAAUGCUGAAUUUAAUCAAGUAUUUGAUGAAUACGAAAUGAAUCAAAAUCAAAUAAACACAAUACCAAUUAAUCAUCAUCAUCAUCAUAACAAUAACAAUCGUAAAUUAAUAACAUUUGAUAAUUCAAACAAGUCCAUGAUAAACAACAAUGAUAAUAUUGAUAAUAAAAAAACAAGAAUAAAUGAAUAUCCACCAGGUGUAAUUAAAAUGUUUAAUGGUUAUUGUUUUGGUAUGUUGAAACGUUCACGUUGUCCAAAAAUAUCAAAUUGUCGUUUUCAGCAUAUAUUAGAACCAAAAGAUGAAUUGCUAAAUGACGAACAGCCAUAUGUUAUUAAAUUACGUAUGGAUUAUGCAAUAUUUCGUGGAUGGCAUUGUUAUGUAACACGUGUUUAUGAAAAUGCAAUUAAAAAUAUGGAUACUACAAAAUUAAUACUUGAAUUAUACAAUGAUAUUGUUGAUAAAUUUGUUGAUGAAAUAAAUGAGCCAGUAUAUGGUUUAUUAGCACCAACAGUUAUUGAACUUGCUGAAAGAAAAAUGCCACCAGUACAUAUUGUCAAUGCUUUAAUUAAAACAAUAAAAAAAGAUGAUUCAUAUAAACCAAAAAUAAUUAUUAAAAAAAUUAAAAAUUACAUUGAAAAUGGUAAUUAUUGGAUAACAUUACGUGAGUUGAUAUUGAUGUUGGAACAACCACCAAAUGAAAUAAUACCAUCAAUAUUAAAUGAGUGUUUAUUGGGCAAAGUAAGUAUUGAACAAGCACUUGAUGUUCAAAAAAAUAUGAUGAGUAAAUUACCACAAGAGGUGACUAACACUUUGAAUCAAUCAUUAAUACGUAGUUGGUCACAAUUAUUAAAAACAAUUGAAGAUAAAUAUGAGCUUAAUAAUUUAAAUGAUCAUAAAACAAUUGAGAAAUAUGAUGAUAAGGUUGAAGCACCAUCAAUUGAGUCACCAGGUUCAUCAACAGCAACAAUACCACAAAUUAAUUUACCACCAAUUAUGACUGGAAUCAAAAAACGACUUGGUAAACUUAAUAAAUUAUUAAAUAACGAUAAUAAUAAUAAUAAUAAUCAUGAUGAAGCAGCUGGUGCUGUUGAUGAUAAUGAUGAAGAUGAUGAUGAUGAUAAAAUUGAUAAUGUAGAUUUUAUUGAAAGUAAUAAUCAUCAUGAUGAUGAACAUGGAUAUGAAAUUGAAAUAGUUGAUAAUGUCAGUAAACCAGUGUGUAUUUAUCAAAAUCAGUUGUUUAAUUUUCAUAAUAAUUUACAAAUAAUUCGUAAUGAAUUAAAAAAAAAUAAUUACAAAGCAGUUAUACAAAUAUUAAAUGAUGUUAAAAUAAAUACAAAUGAAUUGUCACCAUUUGCACGUGGUUUUUAUGCAAUUUUAUGCAAAGAAAUUAUGACGGCAACUCAUCAUCUGGCUGAGAUUAUACAUUUAUCAGUGCACAAAGGAAACGAUGUUGUUAAACUUCUGAAUUUGUUGAUAAAAGUUGGUAAUUAUUUGUUAGUAAAACUUGCUGAUACUGGUGCAAUGGGACUUGCUUAUCAAUUAGUCAAAACUCUACAACCUUAUCGUAUUGAAUUAUCAACAUCACAUAUAAUUCUAACUAUCGAAAUUUAUAUUGCAAAUCGUCAUCUUUUGAAAGCCCUUGAUUUGGUAAAACAACAUAAUUUAAUAUUUGUACGUCGAAGUAAAAUGAAUCCAGAAGAAUAUGCUAAGCUGGAAUAUUUGAGAAGACCAUUAAUUAAUUUAUUGCUUAAAAGUUUGUGUAAAGAUUAUCCAAAAGAGGCAUAUUAUUUAUUUGAAAGAUUAUUAAAAGAACAAAGCAGUUGUUGUGAGCCAAUUGAUUUACGUAAACAUGUUCAUAAUGUUGUUGCAUCAUUGGUACGACAUAAUAAUGAUGAUCAAUUGAUGUCAAUGGGAUUACUAAUGCUCAAACAUAAAGUACCAAUUUUUAUAUCAACAUUAAGAAUUUUCGUUAUGAAAUUAUUUUACAUCAAUAGAUAUAUUGCUCAUCAAAUGUAUUCAUAUGCAAUUGGUCUUGGUGCAUACUCAAUAAUUAAAGUUGGUACUUUGACAACAAUGGUCAUCCAUACUCAAUGGAAUGAGGAAGAAAUAUACUUACGAAUACAUGAUUUACUUGAAAAUAUUUCAAAUAAAUUGUGGCAUCUUAUUGAACGUCCAGGACCUAAAGAAUUUUCAGUUUAUCUAACGAUUGAGAUUGUUCCCAGUGAAUUUAAUAAACCAACUUAUACUGAGUGCAAUAAUAAAGAUAUUAUUGAUGAGACAAAAUUAAGGCUACUUGAAGUACUUGAUAAAUUUGAGCCAAAAAUUAAAAUGAUUGAAAUUGAUGAAAGGAUUUAUAAAAUUUUAGACUAUUCAAUCGUCAAUUACGUCAAGUCAAAUCACUCAUUAGUUUAAGUUGUUAUUUAUCUACUUGAU